AUGAGCAAUCCCGCCGUCCAGCUGUCCUCGCCAUCGCCCGAGCAGGACCUGAGGCACAUCUCGUCCUCGGGCGCUCUCUCGCCCUCGAGUCUGAGGACUGAUCCCAAGGCGGCGAACCGAGCGUCGAGGAUCGGCUCCUUGUCGCCGGCCUCGAUGCCGUCCUCGCCGACAUCCAUCCACUCGUCGUCGUCGGCGAUAUUCGAGCGCGACAUCGAGUCGAUCGCCCCAGCGCCGGCGACGAGUUCACACGCGCCGAAUCCGCACCGGACGGCCCGCAGCAAGGCGACGGAGCAGAUCGAGUAUGCGGUGCCGUCUGUGCUGGACAGCGCGGCGGCGGUGCUGGCCUCGCCCGACGACUCGAUCGCCGUCGUCGCGCCUGCCGUCCCCAGUCCGGAACUCGCCGCGACCUCGCGCUCGGGCCUCGGCAGCCCGUCGUCCCGGAUGAGCAGCCGCAGCGCAAGCCCCUCGGCCGUCGCCCGCCCCGCUAAACUUCCGAGCCCCGCCCGCAGCGAAACCGCACCGCUCCCGCCCCUCCGCCAACCCAGCUUGGGCCCUAUGAUGCCCGGAGCCUAUUUCCCCACCCCCGUCUCGGAACUCCCACCGGCACCUCCCGAAUCCGCGACGCCGACGACAACGUCCCCGCCGGCCUCUCUCUCUCCCAGCACCUCCUCGGCCGUGCCCCGUCCCGCACCGCCUUCUCCCCGCGCCGUGAACAACCGGCUGUCCUUCAUCUCUUACUCCGAUCUGCUCUCAUCGGCCCCGGCUGCGUCUGUCCCGCUCACCUCCCUUACCUCCGCGGCUACCGUUCAAGAUCCUCCCCCGCAUCUACCUGCCGUCCUCGGCGUGCCUCAGCAAGCGGCCUCGGCCGCCUCAGGCUCCAUACGCGAGAGUGCUCGCUCCAGUUGGUAUCUCAACGACCGCGAUGUGCGCGAGGGUCGUGACGGUCUCUUCGUAGACGAGGCUGGCGGCGAAUGGGAGCGCGAAGGCCUGGGCCAAGGUCUCGAGGAGCGCCUUGACGCUCUCCUAGGCAUGAACCAGGUUGGCACUCCCCAUGUCGGCCAGGUGGUCGCCCCGGCCGCGGGCAAGGUCCAGUAA